UAAACUGGCUUAUGAAUCUUUAGGUCAAAGCUAUAAUCUUUCAGAUGAUUACUCAUGGAAUAUUUACGUAACGCGAAACAAAAUAAUCUUGACUAAAAUUAUAAUCAUAUAAAUAUUUAAUUUAUUUCGAGAUAACUGAAAAAAAAAUCAACGAGCAUAGAGAAGCUAAAGACCCGUAGUGACUAACGACAGUGCUAUGAGAAGUAGAACACAACAAACUAUAAAAAUAAUCAAAACGUUACAACUAUGUUAUAUAAGUCUACGAUUUUCUCUGGUUACCCAAGUAUUAUAGUACACUGCACAUGCAGUUAUACACAUCAGAAAAAUCGACGAGCGAGUAUAUCCAUCGAUUUCAGCAAGUGAACUGACUAUGAAGGUUGGACGGUCACCAACGGCAAUCCGGAUACUGCGAAACGGGCCUGCCGUCCGUGUCCGUAAUCCCGGUGAUAGACAGCCGCGGCAACUUUACACUUCUUCAUCGGUGGUCAGUGCAACAACGACGACACAGUUCAACGGAAACCAUCGAUUGCAUAAACCCGACUGGGACCGCGCGGUGUCCGAGGCCGAAAAGAUCGUCGGAUACCCGUCGUCAUUCCUAAGUCUCAGAUGGCUGUUCAGUGACGAGAUAGCCAAUAUCGCGCUACACCUACGCCGCAUGGUCAACUCCAACCAUCCACUCCUGGAAACAGUCAAAGGUUUGUUAUACAACGGUCAGAAUACCAUGCAAGCUUGGGGGCUGAUCGUGUUACUCGUAUCCAAAGCAGCCGGUCACAUGAAUAUGGACAGCUCAGCGGACCAAGAUAAUUCGGGCGUUUUGCGCAGUCAGAGGGCGCUAGCUGAGAUCGCAGAAAUGAUCCGCACCAGCCACCUGAUGCAUAAUGGUCUUAUUAAUAUAUACCCGGAAAUGUUCUCGGAACCUAUCGGCCACAAUGAUAUGAGUUUCGGCAACAAGAUUGGCUUGCUCAGCGGCGACUAUCUCUUGGCCAACUCUUUUAACCAACUAUCGAUCCUCAAAAAUCAAAACCUCAUGGAAUUAAUCAGCAGCGCCUUACGUGACCUGUCCGAAGCCGAGUUUGUUGGCCGCAGAGAUUCGCAAAACAACCCAUUACCGUCGCCAUUCGAACCGCUCGAUCGAAAUCACGAUUCGACUGGGCUGCGGUUCAACCCGCUCCAAUCAUCGUCCGAGCAACUGCAGGGCGACAUGCCACUUACGCCCGCCCUGCACGACUGGACAAGGCGGAACGUACUGUCAGCUGGUAGCCUGUUGGGAAAGUCUUGUCAAGGCGCGCUCCUAUUAGCCGGUCACGGCGAGCAGUUACAAAAACAGGGCUUUUUGUUCGGUAAACAUCUAUCGCUAGCCUGGCAAGCAUACUUAGAUUUGGAGCCUUUUUUGUCUGAUUCAAUGUACUUAUUAGGAAUGUCUUUCAACCUCACCUCAGCACCAGUUAUGUUCCACCUUGAACAUGAUUCGUCAUUAUUUAAAGAAAUUGACAAGGGCGUUAAUUCAAUUCAAGAUGUCGACUAUGUCAAAGUGCACAAUGUUGUGAUUAAUGGUCCGGGAAUUAAUUACACGAAACAAUUACAAAAGGAACACUCGGAAAAAGCUAUGGAAAUUUUGAACGUUUUUGAAGAGAGUGAUGCCAGGACAGCAUUGUCUAACAUAAUUAUUGCUAUGGACCGCAAAUAA